GUGGUGCGUUUGUGUCAGAACCCAAAACUGGCGUUGAAGAACAGCCCACCCUAUAUCCUAGAUCUGCUGCCUGAUACCUACCAGCAUCUACGAACCAUCCUGUCGCGCUAUGAGGGCAAGAUGGAAACCCUAGGAGAAAAUGAGUAUUUCCGGGUGUUCAUGGAGAACUUGAUGAAGAAAACGAAGCAGACCAUCAGCCUUUUAGAGCGGAUGUAUGAAGAGAACUCUCAGCCUAGACGUAACCUGACAAAGUUAUCCCUGAUAUUCAGCCAUAUGCUGGCGGAACUCAAAGGUAUUUUCCCAAGCGGCCUUUUCCAGGGAGACACGUUCCGAAUCACCAAGGCAGAUGCUGCAGAAUUUUGGAGAAAGGCUUUUGGUGAAAAGACUAUUGUUCCGUGGAAAAGCUUCCGUCAGGCCCUGCAUGAAGUACAUCCGAUCAGUUCAGGGCUGGAAGCCAUGGCCCUGAAGUCAACGAUUGACUUGACGUGCAAUGACUACAUUUCAGUAUUUGAAUUUGAUAUCUUCACACGACUUUUUCAGCCGUGGUCGUCUUUGCUCAGGAACUGGAAUAGCCUAGCGGUGACUCAUCCUGGUUAUAUGGCAUUCCUAACGUAUGAUGAGGUGAAAGCCCGGCUUCAGAAAUUCAUUCACAAACCUGGCAGUUAUAUUUUCCGAUUGAGUUGUACACGACUCGGUCAGUGGGCCAUUGGCUAUGUCACUGCAGAUGGGAACAUUCUUCAGACAAUCCCCCACAACAAACCUCUUUUCCAAGCACUGAUUGAUGGCUUCAGGGAAGGCUUUUAUUUAUUUCCUGAUGGCCGGAAUCAGAAUCCUGACUUGACUGGCUUGUGCGAGCCCACACCUCAGGACCACAUUAAAGUUACACAGGAACAAUAUGAAUUGUAUUGUGAGAUGGGCUCCACAUUCCAGCUGUGUAAAAUAUGUGCUGAAAACGACAAGGAUGUGAAGAUUGAACCGUGCGGCCAUCUGAUGUGCACCUCCUGUCUCACUGCAUGGCAGGAAUCAGAAGGCCAGGGUUGUCCUUUUUGCCGCUGUGAAAUCAAAGGCACGGAGCCUAUUGUAGUAGAUCCGUUUGACCCAAGAGGAGGAGGAGGAUUGUCACGGCAAGGAGCAGAAGGAACUCCCUCACCCAAUUAUGACGAUGAUGAUGAUGACAGAGCUGAUGAUUCCCUCUUCAUGAUGAAAGAACUCGCUGGUACCAAAGUUGAGCGUCCUCCUUCUCCGUUCUCAGUAGCUCCCCAGGCCACCCUUCCUCCCGUGCCACCACGACUGGAUCUUUUGCAGCAGCGAGUGUCCAAUCCACCUGGGGCUUCCAGUCCUGGGACCACUUCAAAGGCUGCACCUGGUACUCUUCACAAGGAUAAACCUUUACCAAUCCCGCCCACGCUCAGAGAUCUCCCACCGCCACCACCUCCAGACAGGCCACAUUCCAUUGGGACUGAAGGUCGGCCUCAGAGACGUCCCCUGCCCUGCACCCCAGGAGACUGUCCUUCGAGAGACAAACCACCCCCCGUGCCCUCCAAUCGCCAGGCAGAUCUGUGGCCGUCCCGGCCGAUUCCAAAAGCCCCUUCUGUAGCUCUCAGCCCUGGUGACCCUUGGGCUGGUAGAGAACUGUCAAACAGGCACUCGCUUCCCUUUUCCUUGCCCUCUCAGAUGGACUCCAGGGCUGAGAGCCAUCGGCUUGGGAGCACGCUCAGCCUGGACAACCCAGUGAGCUUGAACAGUGGUACAACAACAACCUCAGAGUGUGAACACCCCAAAAUUAAACCAUCCUCAUCUGCCAAUGCGAUCUACUCCUUAGCUGCCAGACCACUCCCUGUACCAAAACUGCCUCCUGGGGAACAGUCUGAAAGCGAUGAAGACACUGAAUACAUGUCACCAUCGUCUCUGCCUGUGGUGCCUCCAGGACCUGCUGUACAAAAACCAGAGAUGAAAAUGCCUUUGGAAAUUACUCAGAGUUUACGAGUUCUAGACUGCGACCAGCAGGCGGAUGGCUGUACUUACGAAGCCAUGUACAACAUUCACUCCCAAGCAGCAUCCUCUGCUUUCGAGACUGUCAACGCUUCUGAUGAAGGGGAUCUGGCAGCAGCCACUGCCAGCAACGGCCCUGAAGAGUCAGAAAAUGAAGAAGAUGGCUAUGAUAUCCCCAAACCACCGCUACCAGUUGCUAUUGCUCGUCGCACACUGUCCGAUAUCUCCAAUGCCACAUCUGCCUUCAGCCGAAUGUCUUUGGAAAACGACCCUGUGACAGGUUAG